AUGACGAAACGCGUGACUUUUUCCACAUUUCGUAAUAAUAAAAGCAGAGUAAAACGUGUAUUAUCUCUCUUAAUCCCACCUGAUUACUCUGCUCUGCUUCUUCUUUCUCGCUUUCUCUCCCUCUUUUUAUUUUAUAUCUAUCUAUUCUCUUUAUUGCCCUCCUCCCUACAUCAUUAUAUUUUCUUUCUGGCUCUUCUCCGCCAACCCCCCCUCUCUCUCUCUCUCUCUCUCUCUCUCUCUCUCUCUCUCUCUGGGAUCAAAGAUCAAAUAUUUCUGCAGCAUUCAAAUUACUCUCGCCAAAUCAAUCUCAGUUAUUUAAUGCCGACAAGAUUUUUAUCGCUGCUAAUAUUUUUUAUCUAUCUAUCUAUCUAUCUAUCUAUCUAUCUAUCUAUCUAUCUAUCCCAUGAAUUCUUUUUUUUUUCUUUUUCUUUCGUUCGUUUUUUCUUUAAUUUUCUUUCUUUUUUCUUUCUUUCUUUUUCUUUCUUUUUCUUUCUAACUUUUUCUUGUUUCUUUCUUAUUCUUGUUUGUUCAUUUUUCUUUCUUUCUCUCUCUUUCUAUCUUUUUCUUGUUUCUUUUUUCUCUUUCUGUUUUUUUCUUUCUCUCUCUCUUACUUUCUUUUCCCUCCCUCUCUUUCUUUCUUUUUUCUUUCUUCUCCUAAGCAUUAUUUGUUUUACUUAA